GGAGCCGCGCGGCGCGAGGCGGGAGGGGCUGGGGGCUUCGGCCGCGCGGCGCUGCUUACCGGGCCUCUGCGCUUGACUCCCCCUUUCUCACCCUGCCUGACGACCCGCAGAGUGAAGACUUCAAGGUCAUGGCCAAGCAUCUGAAGUUCAUUGCUAGGACUGUGAUGGUGCAGGAGGGGAACGUUGAAGGUGCCUACAGGACCCUAAACAGGAUCCUCGGUGAGGACGGGCUCCUGGAGGACAUCCGGCGGCGCCGCUACUACGAGAAGCCGUGCCGCCGGCGCCAGCGGGAGAGCUACGAGACGUGCAGGCGCGUGUACAACAUGGAGAUGGCGCGCAAGAUCCGCUUCCUGAUGCGCAGGAAUCGCGCCGAUCCGUGGCAGGGCUGCUGAGCCUGUGAAUAAAGACCCGAGAGAAACCGCGGUCUCGCCCUGCAUUCUAGCCCGGGCCCCUUCCCUCUUCCCUAAACUCCUGCGCCGCAGCGGGGGCCCUCUGCUGAGGGGAAGGGGAGUGGCCCCGCUGCCGUUGCCGACAAGGGCCAGGGGUUCUGGGAGGAUUAAAGUCCAGGUGAUGCCCCACAGCGCUCGGUGCCCCACUACAGCUGUAGGCUGCGGAGGCUCUAACUGGUAGAUUGUAUGUUUCUAUAUUUUACUACAAUAAAAAUUUCUUUUAAAGUGG